CCCACCGCCCAGCUCUCGCGAGGUCUCCGCGCGGCUCCUCCCCCUGAGCUCCGCUUGGAAGCCGUAGAGGGUCGCUGAGUCGCGUCUCCCUCGUGGCCGCAAGAUGCACGCGGACGACGUUGUCUGGGACACUCUUGGCAAUAGACAGUUCUGCUCAUUUAAGAUCAAGACGAAAACACAGAGCUUUUGCCGGAAUGAAUUUAAUAUAACAGGCUUGUGCAACCGCUCCUCCUGCCCCUUGGCAAACAGCCAGUAUGCUACCAUUAAGGAAGAGAAAGGGCAGUGUUACCUCUAUAUGAAGACCAUCGAACGUGCUGCGUUCCCCAAUCGGCUGUGGGAAAGGGUCCGGCUGAGCAAGAACUAUGAGAAAGCGCUGGAGGAGAUUGACGAGAACCUGAUCUAUUGGCCCCGCUUCAUCCGGCACAAGUGCAAGCAGCGCUUCACCAAGAUCACCCAGUACCUGAUCCGAAUCCGCAAGCUGACUCUCAAGAGACAGAGGAAGCUUGUCCCGUUGAGUAAAAAGAUCGAAAGGCGUGAGAAGAGGCGAGAGGAAAAAGCUCUGGUUGCUGCUCAGCUGGACAAUGCAAUUGAGAAAGAAUUGCUGGAGAGACUCAAGCAGGAAACGUACGGUGAUAUCUAUAACUUCCCCAUCCAUGCCUUCGACAAAGCUCUAGAACAGCAGGAAGCGGAGAGUGAGAGUGACUCGGAUACAGAGAAGAAGGACGAGGAGGAAGAAGACUCGAACAAGAGAGAAUUUGUGGAGGUAGAUGAGAGUGACCUCAGUGACUUUGAGGAUAUGGAUAAACUGGCAACGAGCAGUGAGGAGGACGAGGAGGAGGCUACAUCCAGCGAGGAGGACGAGAAAGGCCAGCGGCCCACGUCUAAGGGCAAAACUCCCUUGAAGGGGCCGGCAGUCAGGAAAAAACGAGCUUAUGUUGAAAUAGAGUAUGAGCAGGAGACAGAACCGCUGUCUAAAUCGAAAGCAACGUGAUUCCUCCCAGUUUUUG